AUGGGUUUAUUCUCGACGAUCGCCAAAUUCUUCGCCCCUCAUCAACACCCCUGCGAGGUGUUGGUGCUGGGCCUCGACAACAGCGGCAAAACGAGUAUUUUGAAUCAGCUGAAGCCGCCGGACAACCAGCUGAGCGCCGUGACUCCGACCGUCGGCUUCAACGUGGAAAAGUUCAAUGCCGCCAACAUUGCGUUCACAGCGUAUGAUAUGAGCGGACAGAGUAAGAGUUUUACUGUUUUUGGCUUGAGGUUUAGGCGGGGAUAUUGUUUUUUGGAUCAACAGGGGAAGUACCCCAAGUGCGACGCUCAGAUUUUGAUGAAACUUGGCACAAAUUUAGAAUAAUUUUUUCUAAGAUAUAUGCGAGAAUCCUAGCUCGCACUUUGCACAAACAACCGAGAUUUUUAGAUCGAAAGUCGGCGAAAUUUUAACACUUUUUGUUGAAUUUCGACAUGAAAAGUUUUAUGCCUAUUUCUACCAUAGAUAGCAAUGUUUCCCCAAAAAAAAAUUUUUUCCGCACGAAACUGCCAAAGUUAUGGCCAAAAAAGCGAUUUCUCUCUGACCGCUCUCCGCGUUUCGCGUACUCUCUCGGCGAGAAAAAUAGUUCCAUAUCUCGGUGGCGCUUGCAAAGCGCGAGCAAAAACUUUCAGGAAUCGAUAUUUAGUUUAUGCCCGACGCGUGUGCAAAAUUUAAAGAAAAUCUGAGCGUCGUACUCCCUUGUAAAAAAGGAAGAUUUGCAAGUGCGGCGCUCAGAUUUUCUUUAAAUUUUGUUCACGCCUCGGGGGUUGGCCACAUAUCAGCUCCUGAAAAUUUUUAGAGAUUUUGAACAAUCUUUGUUCAAUAUCUCUAAAAAAAAGACUACGAAAAAUUCGGAGAGCGGUCAGACAAAAAAUCGCCUUUUUGCCAUAAUUCUGCCGGUUUCGCGCGGAAAAAGUUCGUUUUUUGUGAAAAUAUUGCGCUCUGUAGUAGAAAUAAGGCUUAAAUUUUUUCAUGGGCAAAAAAAUCGGACUUUGGCCGACUUUCGACAUACAAAAAAUGCCAUUUUUUGGCAGCUUUCAACCUAAAAAUUUCGGUUGUAUCUUCAAAGGGCGAGCUCUGAAAAAGAUAGUGCUUAUUGUUAGAGAGUAUAUAAAAGAGAAAAAAGAACUUUUUUGGCCAUAUCUUUGCCAGGUUCGUUCGAAAAAAGUUACUUUUUUGUGGAAACAUUACCCUCUACGGUAGGGAUACAGUUCCCUUCCUACGGAUACAGCGCGCCCUUUCCUUCAAGGCGGGCUCUUCAAAGCGGGGUUUUUUAGCUUAGAGAAGGUAACGGUUUGGAGACAUUUUUGUCCCUUCCGGGAUGCAAAAUGAGACGUUUUUUGCCAUUGGAUCCGGUCCCUCACUGUAGGUACGAAACUUUUCAUCUAACACCUGCAAAAAAGUGAAGCUAAGAAUCUCAAAUAUGUCUUCAGCGAUCGGAUAAGGAAUAAAAUAAAAAAUGCGCAUCAUAAGUCUUUGCUUUUACUUAUACCUCUUUCCUUUCAGGUAAAUACCGAACUCUCUGGGAGACCCAAUACAAGACAGCACAUGCAAUCAUCUUCGUUGUUGACAGUACGGAUCGAUUGAGGAUGGCGGUAGCGCGCGAUGAGCUUUGGAUGAUAUUGGAUCACAAAGAUAUCAAAGCAAAACGGGUAAGCGGUCUUGUUUUUUCUUGAUAUAUAUACGGUAUAUUAUACCGUAUAUAUACGUAUAAUACUACAGAAAAUUUCUAAUAAAUGUAAAAACCUCGAUUUCAGAUACCAAUCCUAGUGUUCGCCAACAAGUGCGACGACUCGCGCGCCCUCAGCACGCCUGAGAUCAACAUCUCGCUGGGGCUGGAUGUGAUCCGCGAACACAACUGGAACAUUGUGCAAAGUUCGGCGAUUACCGGUCAGGGAUUGGUGUCAGGGAUUGGAUGGCUCAGUGAGCAGAUCAAAGACUCCGUGAAGAAGGAGAAUGGAUACACGUAG